AUGGUAAGGCUAUCGAGUGCUUGUGAGAGGGUGGCUAGUCGUGAGGAGCUUAUGAUAGGGGCUAUGGCUACAAGGCAAGGUCUGUAUGGUGCCUUUGAGAAGGUGGCUGGUUGUGGGGCAAGAGAGGCUCGUUGUGGGGUUGUAGGGUGCUUGGUUCUUGUGAGAGGGUGGCUUACUAUGGGGCGAGAGAGGGCUAUUGUGGGGUUGUGGGUUACUUGCGAGGGUGUUUUGGGUGAAGGGCGAAGAGAGGAGAUGGUGGUUUUGGGUGAAGUUUUUGGCGCGGUGAGAGGGAAUCAAUUGGGUGAAGGUUUUUGUGAAGGUGAUCUUUAG